AGGUCCGGAGUUUCGCGGGCGCCGCUGCAAGAAUGUGAGGGUGCUCUUCCGGCGUACGGGUUACUGGCUGGCCCUUCGGCGCGCGCGGCGCCGCCGCCCCUGGCCCUUCACCCGGAAAGGCAUUGACUGACACUACUUGGAUGCAUUUGACCAUCUCCUAGGAGACUUGCAUUGUUGAGUUUCGAUAAGCAGACGAACAGUUCUCUCUUGUUUGGAGCAAUGCUGAAAUUCUGAAGAGCUGCUAAGUGUGUGAGUGGAUCAAUAGCUGUUUCCACGUGUCCAAAGCCCUUGAUCGCAAGAAGAUACACGCUUCAACAGAAACUUGGCAGUGGAACUUUUGGAACCGUGUAUCUAGUGUCAGACAAGAAAGCCAAACGAGAGGAAUUAAAGGCCCUGAAGGAAAUCUCUACUGGAGAACUCAAUCCAAGUGGGACUGUGCAGGCCACUUUUGAAGCCCAGCUCCUUUCCAAGCUGGACCAUCCAGCCAUUGUCAAGUUCCAUGUGAGCUUUGUGGAGCAAAAUAAUUUCUGCAUUAUCACAGAGUACUGUGAGGACCGAGAUCUGGACUAUAAAAUUAAGGAAUAUAGAGAAGCUGGAAAAACCUUUCCAGAGAGUCAAAUAAUAGAAUGGUUUAUCCAGCUGUUGCUGGGAGUUGACUACAUCCAUGAAAGGAGGAUACUUCAUCGAGACUUGAAAUCAAAGAAUAUAUUUCUGAAAAAUAAUCUACUUAAAAAUGGGGACUUUGGAGUUUCUCGACUCUUAAUGGGAUCCUAUCUAGCCACUACUUUAACUGGAACUCCCCAUUAUAUGAGCCCGGAGGCUCUGAAACACCAAGGUUAUGACACAAAGUCAGAUAUCUGGUCUCUGGCAUGCAUUUUGUAUGAGAUGUGCUGCAUGAAUCAUGCAUUCAUUGGCUCCAAUUUCUUAUCCAUCGUUUUAAAAAUUGUUGAAGGCGACACUCCUUCUCUCCCUGAGAGAUACCCAAGACAGCUGAAUGCCGUCAUGGUCAUGGAAAGCAUGUUGAACAAGAGUCCUUCAUUGAGACCAUCUGCUAUAGAAAAAAAAAUUCCUUACAUUGAUGAACAACUACAGCACCUGACGUGCCGAUAUUCAGAAAUGAUGGAAGACAAGAAUUUGAAUCGUCAGAAGGAGGCAGCUUAUAUAAUUAAUGCUGUGUAAAAAAAGAUCCACCUGCAGACCCUGCGGGCACUGUCUGAGGUACAGAGGAUGACACCAAGAGAGAGGAUGUGGCUGAGGAAGGUCCAGGCAGCUGAUGAGGAGGCCAGGAAGCUAAAAAAGCUUGUGGAAGAAAAAUAUGAAGAAAACAACAAACGAAUGCAAGAACUGAUAUCUCGGAACUUCCAGCAGCUGACUGUGGAUGUGCUCCAUGUAAAGCAUUUAAUGGGAAUUGAAGAAAAGGAGGGGCAACCUGAGGGAAGGCUUUCUUGUUCCCCCUGGAGGAGGAUGGAGAGAGGAGGCCAGGCAGAGAGGAGACCAGAAUUUGAUGACCCAGCUUCAGAGAACCUGCCUGAGUCUCAGCCCAUUCCUUCCCUGGACCUUGGCACACUUGGAUCAAGUGUAGAGGACACCGUAGCUGACCUUGGAGAUCAUGCAACUGAGUUCUCUUUCCAGAGAAUGGAGGUAGUGAAACUUGAAUUUGGUUGGUCAUCUCAGCCCAAAUUUGCAUUCGAUGUCUUCCUGAUGGAGCUGUUAGAGCUCGUGCUGCCUUCUUCAGCUGUGAGGAGACAGGACCUGAUGCUCUUCAGGUUGCCAUUUGCCAACUUUUGA